GGAAAGGGGAAAGGGAACGGGAGCGAAGGCUUUUUUCAGGCAGUACGAUCCGAUCCACGGGCGGAGACGCGCGUGCGGCCCCAAAGCUUUACAAUAUUUGCCAUCAAUACCGCGAAGUUUUGAAGGUCGAUGAUGUCGGACCCGGCGCCGCUGUCCAAAACAGCCAAAUACAAGAAGAUAACUAAACCGUUACUGGAGAGGAAACGAAGGGCGCGCAUCAAUAGAUGUCUGGACGAAUUAAAGGACCUGAUGGUCGGUGCACUGGAGAUCGAUGACGACAACCUGAGCAAGCUGGAGAAGGCUGAUAUCCUUGAGCUAACCGUGAAUCACCUCACAAAGUUGCACAGACCCAAGGAUCCCGUUAUGGAAGCGAAGAAAUUUCAAGCCGGAUUCGGACAAUGCGCGGCUGAGGCUUGUAGAUUUAUUAUGUCCGUACCAGAUUUAGACUCAAAAGUUAGUCAAAAUCUCGUUGGACAUCUGUCGAGACUGAUCACAUCCCAGCCGCUGACGAUUCAAGUACCGGAGAGGUCUUCAUUUUCGCCGCCGACAUCUCCAUCGUCCGUUGUCUCCGAUAGACAUCAUUACUACAGCGAUCACGAGAGAUCAUCCUCAGACGCUGAGGACUCUGUAUACUCGGGAGACAGCGCAACAAAACAAUGGACAUACAAACCCAGUAAUAAACAAAGUUUACCAGUCACCGGAUUACUUACGACGGUUGACAAGCUAUCGCCCCAUAACCCAGAACACACCUUCAACGGCCAUCGGAACGGGACUUACUUUAACAAAGUUCCAGCUGAAGCGAAAGACGUUAUAUUGCAGAAGAUAAGACAACACAUCAUGGACAAACGCGGCAACGAGUACGUCGGACACAUGGAUGUCAACGCAAACGCGGACAUCCCCAACGAGAACAGGUACCUUCGUGAGGAGGUCUACAGGAGUGAAGCGCAUCACUAUCCAGUGCAUUACACGACCAACGACACGUUGGAUCUCAGAAAAGUAAGAUCGCCAGCAAGACAAGCACAAGAGAAAUUGAAUUCCCCGCCGGAACCGAUCCAUCCGAACUCAGAAUCGGAACAUUUAGACAAAAAGCUCCAAAUAUCCGUCAGCGUUCCGGAACAUUGCGAGUCUCCGAUGGACUACAGCAACUUGCCGCCCAAGAAGAAGAGGAAGUUGAUCGAGUACCAGGAGUACAAAAAACAGGAGGAGGCGAGGAGGCAGAACGCUUUCUACGAGGAAAAGGAACGCCGAUACGGAGCGCCUUCCGACAGCGAGACCGACGCCAACAAGUGGCGACCUUGGUGAUCGAUAAAAUUACUAUCGAAUCUCGAUGUUAAAAAUCUUAUUCACAAGAUAACUCGAUAUAGUAGAGGACGCCUUUGAGAGAAAGCGUUCCCAUAUUGCGAAAAUCGCCGUAUCGCUUGAUUACUGUCGAUGUGAUAUUAAUACUUCCACGUCAAAGCUUUAAUUUGUUUUAACUCGUUUUAUUAUCUAAGAACUAAUAUGUGCCUUAUUUAAGAUUGUUUAAUGUUAAGUUUCAAUUGAUAUGCGGUAAUGUGCCAUGAACUGAUCUCUGUCUUCCUUGGAUAAACGUAAUAAUUUUUGUAUCUUUAUCGUAAAAAUAAAAAAAUCGUCUGUUUAUAUUAAGUUUUGUAACCGUUUUAAGGAUUUGUACAAAAUAUUAUAUUGUGUGAUCUA